CAAGGUGAAGCCUCUUAUCUGGAUAGAGUCCGUCAUUGAGAAGUUCUCUCACAGUCGAGUGGAGAUCAUGGUUAAGGCAAAGGGACAGUUCAAGAAGCAGUCAGUGGCUAAUGGAGUGCAGAUCUGUAUUCCUGUCCCAAGUGACGCUGACUCACCCAAGUUCAAGACCAGCAUCGGCAAUGCAAAAUACCUGCCUGAAAAGGACGUUGUCAUCUGGAGCAUCAAAUCUUUCCCGGGUGGCAAGGAGUACUUGAUGCGAGCCCACUUUGGGCUGCCCAGUGUUGAGAAUGAGGAGCUGGAGGGCCGGCCUCCCAUCUCGGUCCAGUUUGAGAUCCCCUACUUCACAGUCUCUGGGAUUCAGGUCCGGUACAUGAAGAUAAUUGAAAAGAGCGGGUACCAAGCUCUGCCGUGGGUCCGUUACAUCACCCAGAGCGGGGAUUACCAGCUCCGGACACAUUAGUCUUGUGACCCUGCAGAGUCAGAAUCCUGCCUUAUCAAGACUGAAGGGAUCUGGGUGCUUAGGGAAUCAUGUUAGGGAUGCUUUUAGGGAUGCUUUUAAUCUCGACUCUUUCUGAAGCUCUGUGUGUCUAUGUCUGUGUAUAUUUGUGUGUAUGCAUCCUUAUUUUAGAAUGCCACCCUGUUGACAUUCAACCCAACUUGAUCUGGACUACUCAGACCAAUGACUGAAGUUGUGGCCCAUACUUGUUGCCUGAGGUGACGUUUGUACUGCUCCCAGUCCUGAACGUUGAUGAAGUUGUCACUGGUGAAAUGUCAGUACGCUUGCAUCUUGCAAGAGCUCCUCAACAAGGCAGCCUUCCAGACUCCACUCAAAACGUCUCUCCUCUUGAGGGAUUCCAUAGAGUGAGGGUCGGAUGGCUCCAUGUGGAGCAUGCUGGAAGAGAGGCACCACUUAUAAUUGUAUGGGUACUGGAACUACAGGCUAGGUUGGGCACAGCUUGGGCACAAGGUUUCUGGGUAGUUUAGAUCAAGCCCUC